UUGUUUGAUCAAUCGUUCUGACAUUCAUUCGCAGUUACCAAUACUCGCAUUAAACAGUUAUCCGGCCUUCACAGCCGCAACACCGAACUCCACAUCUAACGUCGUGGAAGCCGUGGCCUCAAAACGACACAUGAUUCCGAGACUCAAAUGAGUCAUAGCAAACAAACAACACAAAUGUCCUCGCCAUGUCAACCACGCCGACGCUCGUUCCUCCCCAGCUGUCGCGGAGCCCGUCUGAAAAUGGGCUCGACAAUCGACAUUCAUUAAAAGAGUUAUGUCCACGGCCGUAACAGCGUUCGUCAACAGGACGAAGCCGGUCUAGGUGCCUACGAGGCAGAAGGAAACGCUAAUUGCAUUUAGAUGCAGAGGACCGCCGAAUCGAUGAUGCAGGACGCCGAUGUAUGCAGGUGUAUCGAUGCUUCAAUCAGAGAAGCUAUCAAGGAAAUGGUAGUGGUCAGCUACAGAAGAGCAUGGCCUUCUGGAAAUCUAUAAAACAUGGGUUGGUCGUCCAGAGUCAAGAGUGUGCCGAGAGGAUGUACAAGGAAUGUCCAAUCCAGUCGAAGAAAGUAAGACGAGCUCAGAAUGUGCUCCAGUUCCAGGCACCCUGAAAGCUUUGAGCAAUGCUGCCGACGCGAGGGUUCUCUGGACGCUUUGCCGGAGCGGGCGCCUCGAUUUCAAUAGCCGCUGCGCUAUUCUCGGAGCUCUCGCUGUUAGUACGGCUCGAACGAAGAUGUUCCCACUCGCGGAAAGAGCCGUGGCAACGGUCACAUGCGCGGUGCAAGACUCCAUCUGGGUGGAACCGAGCCAGCUCAUCGAGACGGACUUGCUUGGACGAGUGCUGCCAGCAGAAAAUGCCACCGCACUUUCUGCAGUGGUGGCGGCGCUGGAAAAAGCCGAAGGGUUCCUGGCAUGAGGAUGCCGAGCAUACUGGAGUGGAGCUGUCG